UAAAAAUCAAAUUUGAAUUGCGUUUUCGUUUGCUUGGCUUACAAGAAGAUUUUCUAAUUUCUGGUCUUACAAAUUUCGCACAUUUUGGAGCAAUUAUUUUUUUAUAAAUUCAGCAGAAAAUUUGAGUGACCAACCUUUUUAAAACGUUCAAUGUUUUCGGUGGAAGCGGCACUAGAACUAGAAAACGAAAUAAAUACAUUUCCAUAUGUCGUCGGUGAGUUCAAAAAACCGCAUAUUGGUUUCGGCUCUGGCACGGAACGUUUCCCACGCAAAUCGACUAUCGAUAAAAGUAGAAAAGUUAGAAUGAAAUUCAAUAUAAAGGAACAAGUUGAGAGCGAACCUUAUAAAUAUGGCUUGUUGCAUAAUUACCCCUCAAAUCGUGGUUACACCGCUAUGGUUAAUCGUUCGCCGCGCUUCAAGAUACCACCCGAAUCAAAGUAUCCCGCACCGAAUGCUUACGAUUACGUACGACCAGAAGCCGAUGUGAAAAUAUGUUAUCCAUUCAAUUCAAGCGAUACUAGAUUUAGGUUGCAAUUAGGCAAACAGAUUGGACCAUCGCCCAGCGAUUACUAUCACUACCGUCGACGCGUCGAGCCAGUCGAGAUGGCAUUCGGUAAACAACGUUUCGUAAUACCAGCCUACUCCGUCUUCUGUGGAGCUGAAAAUAAGUCGCGAUGUUUUAAAUGUCAAACACAACCAGAGGGUGAUUACUAUCACAAUUUCGACCACAAUUUGGACCUUUGUCGGCCAUGUAUGAAUGCGGAAAUAGAAGAGUUGAAUAAUUGUAAAUACGAGCGUUUGAAACGUUCGAAUCGGCUGCGUGCAUUGGGUAAAUACAAACCGGCGCGUUGGUGUGAUUUCUUUCACAAGCAUUACUCCGGUGACUUGUCGGUGGACAAAUAUCCACGCACUGUUCUACGUUUGAAAACUAGAGUCGAAAACUAUCUGCAGACAUAUGAUACCAUGCACAAAUGGUAUGUCCAAUACUAAAGAUCGGUUAAACAACGAAGCAUAAAGUUUGAAAAGGCUGCGAAAAUUAAACAAAAAAAAAUAAAUAUAUUAAACAAAAUUUCAAAAAAAAAAAAUUUAACGCGAAAAUAUUACAACACAAAAUUAUAAGAAAUAAAUAUUAAUAUGAAACUAGUAAAAAAUAAAAUUAUAAAACAGAAUAAAUUGAAAAAAAAAAAUGUAUUCAACGAAAGUAAAAUUGUAUUACAAGCCAAUAAAAUUAC